ACACGAUCAAAUCACCAGCUCAAAUAAAACAAACCUGUCAAACUGAAUUUCACUGAGUUUCUCCUGGAUAAACCUAAAUAAAAAAAUUGGUGCAGUUAAAAUAUUUAAUUGGCACGUCAUUAAAUGCAAUACAGUUGUAAAUCCGACUAAUUUAAACGAAUAAUACGUAUGUAAAAUUAAAGUUUACAGAUAAAGAAAAUGUCGGAAGGAGACGGAUUUUCAAAAUCCACUAAAAAUGGGACGAGUCACAUUUUGCAAGAUUUACUUUCUUCCACGGUUCUUCUCUCCAGGGCAAAUUUUGUCCCCACAAGGAACCAAAAACUUGACAACUUUCCCGUCAAAAUCGAGCCAAAUUUGACACCCCCAGAAGUAACAUGUUCAAUCUGCUCCGAAUCGACGAAUCUUCUCCCUCUGGCCGUCCAAGAGAUGGAAAUUCUGGCCAAAUUCGUCCUAAGUCAGGAGCACAUUUCCCUCAUUUUACAAACGGAAGAUCAUCCUCCCAUUUUUUGCUGUAAAAUUUGCUCCUCCGCGAUCCUCUCGUUGGCCAAGUUAUCCACGCAGAUCGAAAAUAUUACCAUUUCUCUCCGUGCCGUCAUCUCCAGCAGGAACGGACUGUUUAAUAAGCUGCGGAGUGGGUCCAAAACUAUUGAACCCUCCCGUGAUGGAGAAGACUUUGGCGUUCGUCACGGCGUCACAUUGUUGCAUAAUGGCGACCACCCAGGGCCAACUGAAUCGGUUUACGAAGAAUUUUCGGUAAAAGUCGAGCCACCUGAUGACCACGACCAAGACGACCAUGAAAUUGAGUCUGAUGCUGACUCUGCAUUAUCUGAGCCCAAAUCUCCUCCCGAGAGGACCAAAUCAUGGUCAAAAUACGUCUGCAAAAUCUGUCAACCUAACGUCACCUUCCGCAGAGUUGACAACCUCACGCGUCACAUGAACCAGAAACAUGCCCCCAAACGCACCACCACAAGCGGAUUUACACGCCGCUGUCCUGGCGUCGAGAGGCCACAUGGAUGUCCCAAAUGCGACAAACGUUUCAUCCGGGGGCCCUCGUUACGUAAACACUUCCGGGCCGUGCACGAAGGGUUACGAGUCAAGCGGAAAUGUACCCUUUGUCCGGAAGUCUUCUCAAGUAUAGCGAUGGUGCGAAAGCACAUGCAAAAAUUCCACCACGUGGUCCAGCCUACGUCGAAGCGGACGCCGUGUGAGAUGUGUACGAAAACCUUCUCCAAUUCGACCGGCUUGCAUCGACACGUGGAAUUGUUCCACUUUACGGACCGGAAGUCAUGUCCGUACGGAUGCGCGACCAGAUUUACUUCGGGGGCUGACUGGCUGAAGCAUUUGGAGGAGUGCAAGUCUCCAAAAAUGAUCACAAAAAUCGGAUGCUAUUGCUUAUUUUGCAAAACCACGUUCCGCAACAUGCUUCUCAGGAUGGAACACUAUCUCCGAGAACAUCCCGACAAGUCGUAUCCUUGUUCUCAUUGUGGUGCACAGUUUUCGCGAAGAAAUGCUUUGUAUUAUCACCGAUGUGAUAAAUAUGGUGGAAAUCAGGGUUGAAUCGGAUCAGCAUUUUGAGAAUUCCGAUCCAUUUUUUACAUUAAAAAAAUAUAUUUAAAAAUGAGUGUUACCGUAAUAAAUAAAUAUAUACCCUUUGCAAAUA